GCGCUGGUCGGGCCAUGGAGCUCAGCGGCCUAGUGCAUGCCCUGAGGGCGGAGGGGCCGCGGGCCGGGGAGCAGCCGCCGCUCCGCGCUGUCCCGCCGGCCGAGCAGAUCCUGCCCCGGAUCGGGCUGCUCGUCUCCGAGGGGGCCGCUCCCGAGGUGGUCAGAGACCUGGGUGCGCUCGUCGAGGCUGCGGGGUGCCGGUGGCUUUUUGGAGGCCUGAGCCCUGCAACGCUGGGCGAGUUGGUGGCUGCGCUGAAUGGGUACGCGGCACCCCCGAAGCAGGAGCAAGAUGCUGCGGGUCUCCCUCGUGAGGACAGGGCGUACGCUGCCGCAGCUGAGCGAGCGGCAGAGGCCGGCUCAGUGUUCCUACACCUCCUGGCAAAGCUAGAAGCCGCCAAGACCCAGGAGUCUCUGGGCGUCCCCGUGGUGGGUCCAAUCCUGUCCCGUGUGAUGGGACCUAUCUACAUCUUUGCUGCAACACAUAUUGUGGAAAGGCCCUGGACAAACACAAAGUCCCAGUCAGUGGCACAGGAGGUGCUGGCGUUGCUGGUUCAAGCUGUGGGUUGCGGGUCGGUGGCUGAAUUCCUUCGAGGGAAGGAUGAAGAUGAGGAAGGAAGAUUUGCAGCAGUGAUGGGGCUCCUGAAACAGGAGUUGACCAAAGACACCUGGAAGCGUAACCCUGCCACAAAGCACGUGUUCUCCUGGACGCUGCUUCACAUCACCCGGCCCUGGCUUAGCCAUUACCUGGAGCGUGUCCUCCCGCCGUCACUGCUCAUCUCGGACGACUACCAGGAGGAGAAUAAAAUCCUGGGUGUGCACUGCCUGCAUCAUAUCAUUCUCAACGUGCCAGCUGCUGAUCUGUGCCAGUUCAACAGGGCUCAGGUUGUGUACCAUGCCCUUUACAACCACCUCUAUUCACGGGAGGCCCCUCUCAUCCAGGCAGUACUGCUGUGCCUGCUGGACCUGCUGCCGAUCCUGGAGAGAGCCCAGCGCCAGCAGAACCAGGGCAGACCGACCACCCCCUGCGAUGAGGUGCUGCAGCUGGUUCUGACACACAUGGAGGCAGAGCACCGCCUCGCGCUGCGGCGGGUGUACGCCAGAGCCCUGCCCGCCUUCGUGCAGAGGUGGGAGCACCCGCCGCGGCCCUGCAGGAACUCGCUUUGGCCUCACUGGGUUUAUCUCCCUUCUCAGUGCGUGUUUCUUUAUGUCAGCAGACUUGGCAUCCUGAUAGUGCGGCACCUGAAGAGGCUGGAGCGAGUUAUCCUGGGCUACCUGGAAGUCUGUGAUGGCCCCGAGGAAGAAGCCCGACUGGGAAUACUGGAGACGCUGCAGUGCACCAUAGAGCACGCUUGGCCCAGGAUGCCGUGCAGGCUCCCUGUGCUCCUCAAGGCCCUGCUGAAGAUGAUCUGGGACGUACACACGGACCAAGGGCCAACGCCAGAGCUGGUGAAAGCAGCCUUGCUCCAGGGAGCCACCAAAUGCCUCAUCCUGCUGGAUCGCUGCUCUGAGGGGCAGGUGAAGGUCCUACUGGAAGGCGUGUACAGCAGCUGUGAGGAGACCCGUGUACGGGAGUGCAUCAGAAAAGUGCAAGAAAACACGUGAGGCGUGGCCAAUCAAUGCUCACCCCGCUUUUUGU